AGAGACGGAAACAAUUCUUUCUAUGGAAACUGGAGCAUGGAUGACUACUGUUGCUCUUAGCACUGGAUAAAUAGUGAAUUAAAUGUCUAAACUGGUGUUUAUUUCAUAGUAUUACAUUUGAAUGAGAGAUGUUGGCCGAAGUUCCAGGGAACCCUCUAAGCUCUGGCCUCCUCUGGACAGCCACCCGGGGUAAAGAUGAAAAGGGCCCAGGCAUAACCCUGCAGCGGUCAAGGGAUGCCCAGAGGAAGAUGUCCUCCCAGCGUUGCUGCUUCCUAGGGGUAGAGACCUGUGCAGAGCUGAAGUGGGAGGACUGGGAGCUGGGAGGGGAGUUCACUAAGACCCUGCUGCUGAAGAACAUUCAUAGUAAACUACAAAAACUACGUUUCAGGCCUCCUGCGUCAAAGUUCUUCACCACCUUGUUUCCUCAGAUCAUCACUCUGAGUGCUGGAACCUCUUUUUCUCUUCCUGUUACAUUCCGCCCCCUUGACAGGUGCGAGUACCAGGACACCAUAGAGUUCCACUGUAAAGAUGGGUUGUUCCAGGUGUCUCUGAGGGCGACCAUCCCUCGCCAUGCUCUGGAUUUACCCGAGUCUGUCCUGCUACCCCCCUGUGCUGUUCUCCACCAAUCACAGACCGUCUUCAUGUUCCGCAACGCCAGUAAGCUGCAGACAGGUUUCCAGUGGGAGGUGCCCUCUCCCUUCCGGCUGUGUCCAGAGAGCGGGAUGCUAGAGCCGGGUCAGGAGUGUAGAGUCACGGUGCUCUUCAGACCACGGGAGGCGUUGGUCUACCAGGUCCAGGCUAGCUGUGCCUUCGGGGACAAGGGAGAGAACAGCUGUACUCUGCUCCUACAGGGUCUAUCAAAGUACCCGUUCCUUCAGAUCAGUGCCCCGGGUCAGGAGGAAGGAUGUAAGGUGCUGGAGUUUGGUAAUGUGCCUGUCGGCUGCACCAUGGAAAGACACUUUGAGAUUCUCAAUCCAUCCUCAAUAACGACUUCCUUUAGUCUGUCCAGGAUGCAGCGUCCGGCGCUGUCAGAGUCAGUGUUCCAGUGUGGUAUCCAGAAGGGAGAGGUGGCCCCGCGUACCUCCAUCACGGUACCUGUGAUUUUCUCUCCUGUAACUGUGGACAGCACCACUGUGGACUACCUGUCUCUCAGCUGCCCUGGGGCGCUCAACAAAACCCUGCUCAAAGUCACCGGCACCUGCAUAGGUCCUCAGGUGUCCCUGUCCUCUUCCAUGCUGGACUUUGGCUGUGUGGCUGAGGGUGAGGAGGCCUUGCGUACCGUGGACAUCAUCAACUCCUCCUCUGUGGAGGCCCAGUACCAGUUUGACUUGGACACCACAGGGCAUAGUGUCUUCGCCUUGGAGCCGGCCUGUGGUGCCCUGCCACCCAACAGCCACCGGAGCCUACGUCUGCUCUUCAGACCACACCACCCCAUGGGACACCACAGGAGGGUGGCCUGUCUGCUGCUACACAGGGAGCCUCUGUUCCUGGACCUGAUAGGAACCUGUCACUCUGAGCAGCUGAAACCAGCCAUCCUUCACCCCAGACACCUGGUCCUGUACCGGCAGCACCUGUUCCGGGGACUCACCUGCUACCCUCCUGAUGUACUCGGUGCCAUGCUGGCAGAGGACAAGAUCCAGGUGGACCAGGAGGGAGCUCUGAUGUUACAAGAGGAUCCUGCUGCUGUGCCAGAGAAGAGCCCUAUGGAGGAAUAUUACCAGGGCUGUGCAGGGGGCAGGGUGGAGGCUGAGCUAGGAGGCAGCGGCGAGGGGACCAGCACCAACAGUUCCCACAUCACAGUGGAUCCCCCAGAGCUGCUGUUCCACAAUGGCUCCCUCUCUACCUCCCAGUCUGUGACUCUCUCCAAUCACACCAAGGGCAAGCUCAGCUUGGUCUGGACUCCGGCUCCUAACUCCCCCUUCUCCGUCACACCCUCGUCAUGUGACCUGGGACCCCUGAAGUCGACUGCUUUCAGAGUCAGCUACACGCCCAGGCAGCACAACACCUUCCACGGGGCACAGCUAGAGUGCUUCGCUCUCUACAAGGUGUCGAGGGACCAUCGGCAGGUAGAGGACCGUACUCUGUGCCCUCCCUGGUGUGUCACAGUCCGGGUCAUUGGACACUCCUUCCAGCCUGGCCGGGAGCAUUUCAUUCCCCGCUUCUCCCUGCAGCGCCCCCGAGUGGUCUUCCCUGCUCUGAGCCUGGUCUCGUACAGGACUGUGCUCCUGGAGAACAUAGGAGACUUACCAUUGGUGUUCAGGCUGGACCCAGAGGAGUGUCCUUCAGUCACUGUUCAGCCCACCAGCGGCCUGGUCCAACCUGGACACCACCAGAUUCUCACCCUCAGGACCACCCCAGCAGAGGACUGCCCUGCCAAGCUACCCCUCACCCUGCACUUCAAUGCCAGUCCCAAGCACACCCAGGAGCUGUCGGUGGUCAGUGUGGUAGAGAAGCUGUGUGUGUCUCUGGAAGGAGAAGGUAGUCUGUUCUUCAAACCCACGGCGGUGGGCUCCUGCUCCCAAAGCCCCUACACGGUCAGGAACCUGACCAGGUUACCUCUGAGGUUCCACUGGAGGAUCCCUGGUCCUGACCAACGUUUCAUCUCUGUGGCGCCUGACACGGGAGUCCUGCAGCCCAAUGAGACCAUGGUGCAGACGUGGUCCUUCACCCCAUUUGAGGAAAUGGUUUACAAUCUGAAGCCCAACUUGACUUUCUGGCCAAUCCAGACGCCCGGAUGCAGGAAGUCCCGCCUCCCCCUGAAAGUUGUGGGCAUGGCCUCCAAAGGAUCCAUCCAGGCAGAGCAUGGCGUGCUGGACCUGGGGGAGGUGUUGGUGGGAGACUGCAGGUCCUUCGAGGUGCCUCUCAUCAACAACGGUUCCUGUUCUGUCAGCUUCUGUUUGGCUGUACAACAGAGCCUGCUAGACCCGGGGCUGCCUGAGAACACACAGAAGAAAGACCCUGUUGCCCUGGAGCUGGACUCUGUGAGAGGCACCAUCCCAGCUCGCUCCAGGCUGCUGAUCCGCUCCACUGUGAGGCCUGCCAGGAGGACCAGAUACUGCUGGGAUCUCACCUACCAGACACUCAGCUCUGCAGGCUCUGUGUUGGAUGCCCCCCAGCCUCUGUGCCAGGUGCAGGGUGAAGGGGUGUUCCCCACCCUGGAGGUGACAGAUGUACGUUGCAGCGGCAGCGUGGAGGGGCUCAGCAAGCUGCAGAUCUGGAGCCUCUUUUCUCUGGGCCAUCUCAACGCCCACCUGCAGAGAGACCCCGCCCCGCCGGAGCUCACCUACCGGGUGCCCACCAGACACAGUCUGCGUCGCUGUCCCUCCAUCUUCACGUCGGCCAUGUUGGAUUUCAACUUCAGCGCUGCUCCUCUGGGCUCAGAACCCUCCAGUGUGCUGCUGAUGUUUGAGAACACUGGGAGCAUCCCUGUCGAGUGGUCGUUCCUGUUCCCAGAAGACCAGCAGAUAGAGCUUGAGUACUGGGCUGAGACUGGGGAGUUCAGUACUACAGAGCUCCACCAUAUGAAGGUGCAGGAUAACAGGCUGUUUAAUAUAGCACCCCGCUCUGGUAAACUACAUCCAGGACAGCAGAAGGCAGUGACAUUUAGCUACAGACAUGACUUUGCUGGUACUGACCGUCUCCCAGUCCUGUUCAAGCUAUCUCACGGCAGAGAGAUUCUGUUGAACUUCAUGGGAGUGACGGUGGAGAGAGACAGGCACUACCUCCACUUCACCUCCACCAAGCACGUCUUUGCCCCAGUGGCCAUCGGGGGGUUCAAUCCACCUAAACAGGUGUAUGAGCUGUACAACGGAGGGGCUGUCCCUCUGAGGUACCGUGUGGACACAGAGCCCCUUGAGCAGCUGACGGCUGAUAACUUUGGUCACCCCGUGCUGCAGUGUCUCAACCCCCAGGGAGAGGUGAAGCCUGGCAGGACAGCCCUGCUGGAGUGGGUCCUCUCUCCACUGGAGGCCAAGACUUACAGUGUGGACAUCUCUAUCCAUGUGCUGGAGGGAGACACUAUGCUGUUGACGUUUGAAGGCUGUGGGUUUGAUAACAGUGUGCUGGGACAGUCGGCACCAGUUCAGCUUCAUGAUGCCUACAUGUCUGUCCCCAGCACACAGAGGAUGGCCCUGCCCAACCAGGUGCUGUUCCUGUCAGAGGAGAGAUUGUGUGUUGGGGACAUCCCAGUCUGCUCUCGCUCCACACGGGUCCUGUUCCUGACGAACGUCUCCCACAGUGACAGAGUCCUCUACACCUGGAACCUGACUGACCAGUCAGUCCAGAUCUACCCAGAGCAUGGUACUCUGUCUCCGGGGGAGAGUUCUCUCUGUAUCCUGACGCUCCAGGCCUCUGGCAGCCCAAGCUUCUACCAGCUAGACAUCAUCUGUGAGGUGACCCUGGAGGAGGCUCUAUCUCAGUACCAUCAGGAUCUACAGCAGUGGGAGCUGGAGAGAGACAGACAGAGGAAUGAAUUUACCCUGACUGACAAAGACCUGCAGCAGAAUCAGACCAGUUACCCCCAGGGUCAUACACAGAGUCAGACCAGUUACCCCCAGGGUCAUACACAGAGUCAGACCAGUUACCCCCAGGGUCAUACACAGAAUCAGACCAGUUACCCCCAGGGUCAUACACAGAGUCAGACCAGCUACCCCCAGGGUCAUACACAGAGUCAGACGAGUUACCCCCAGGGUCAUACACAGAGUCAGACCAGCUACCCCCAGGGUCAUACACAGAGUCAGACGAGCUACCCCCAGGGUCAUACACAGAGUCAGACCAGCUACCCCCAGGGUCAUACACAGAAUCAAACACAGGAGAGCAACACUAAGGAGGUUGUACCUUCCCCACAGACGCCUGGACCUGUAGUCAGGAAGUACAAGACUCUGCCUCCUAUCCGUAGCAGCAGUGCCGUGGUGGGGGGUAUGUGUACCAGGCCCAGUCGUGCAGAACGGAGGGCCCAGAGAGAGGCUAGCCAGGUAUGGAGGAGACCUGAACCGCCCUGCCCCACCCUGCUACACCUGGGGGUCACCGCCCGCUCACACUCCCUCCUAGAGUUCCAGACCUUCUUUCCCUCCCUGCUCAACACACACCACAUCAACAGGUCGGCCCGGCCCAAUGUGACCCGUUGUGGAUCCCGUCAGAGCAGACCUCCGUCUGUAGACAUGCCCCCUUUCAGCCACGGACCAGAGAGAGAGAUCAUUACCCACACGCUCACCUCUAUAUUCAGGAGCCUCCUGGACGACCCUCACUUCCAACACUCUCUGGUGAACGGUGUGGCUGAAGCCGUGCCCUACUUCACCCAGCUGAGACAGACUGCUUACACCCCUAACACACCUCUCCCUGGGGCUGCUACGCCCUAUCAUUGUACCUCCAUGGCCUAUCCUGGGACUAGGGAGGCCCCUUCACCUUGCCCCUCUACUCCUCAGCUCCUCAUGGGGGGCAGUCUGUACAUUGCUGGGGUAACAGAGAUAACAAAGCAACGGCCACAGACCCCGAAGCCAAAAGUGGAGCGAGAGCGUCAGCUCAUCAUUCAGGAGACCAUCCGCAGGUUGCCAGAGUUCUGUGACGUGACAGAGGAGAUUCUCCUCAACACCUUACAGAACCUGAUGGUGGAGGCCUUUCUGGGAGAGCUGGUCCUUACAGCCAGGCCACGAAUCAUCGCUCUGCCUCCUGUCUCUGCCAGUGAAUUCUUGUCGACAUUGGGAUCCCGAGUGGCGCAGCGGUUUAAAGGCACUGCAUCUCAGGUGCUAGAGGCGUCACUACAGUCACCCUGGUUCGAAUCCAGGCUGUAUCACAACCGGCCGUGAUUGGGAGUCCCGUAGGGCGGCGCACAAUUGGCCCAGCGUCGUCUGGGUUUCGGGCCGUCAUUGUAAAUAAAGAAUUUGUUCUUAAUUGACUUGCCUAGUUAAAUAAAAGGUUACAUUUGCAUAGAAUAUCGAUGCAACACGUGCCUGCUAAGGUGAGCCAAUAACAACAGUUGGACGUAAUGACGUCACACCAAGCAACAACAACACCUACAGUGUCAUAUAAAUGUAGUGGUUAAAUUGUUUCCAACACCCAUCUAGCUAAAUUGCACAUUUUAAUAAAUUGGAGACAGCGUGUAUGCCAUCCCACAUAUCUGUUUCAUGUCUCAGGUUACCCGUGAAAAGGAGAGAAUUCCAAAAUGAACAAAUAUUUGCCAUGUGCCAAAGGUACCGCCACGGGUCGCGCCAUGGUGAAACGUUGCACAUCUGAAAUGUAAUUGCCAGCCAAUCAGAAAAGCAAUUCAUGCAUUCUUGAAAGUCGGGACAAUCCUUGUCCGGGAAAGAAAGCGUUUUUUUGGUUCAAGCGCUGGGCAUUUAGACGUUAAUGUGGAGUGGAACUUAUUAGAUACGUGAUGACAUCACGUGCCCCCACGUACCUUCAAAAGUAUUCGGCAAUGAUCAUUUAGUCAAAACUAUUUCCCACCAUCAUGUCUCAAUAAAGAAAGUUUGACAUAAGAAAAUAACAUCCACCUGUCAAAAAUGUCUCCUUAUCUGCCGUUUCCAUGACACAAUGUUGAGGAUUAUUUUAUUUUUUUUGCAGACUGCUCUUGUCAAAUAAACCUGGAUCAAUGGAAACCUGCCUACAGACUGCUCUGUUUCGUCUUAUCUAGGAGGAACAGCUGUGGUUCCAG